AUGAUCGAAGAAGUGUUUCCGUAUCUGGACGACUUGCGUGACAACCACGGUGCUCUGGACACGUAUAUUAGCGGAGAGGCCAUGCUGUUUACCGUGCUACCGCGUGCGUGCUGGUGGCUGCAGAACUACCCGUAUGACUUAUUAUUUGACGCCGUCGCCGAGAGGCUUAGCGAAUACAGAGAUCGCGAUACGUUCGAACGCUUCUACGACGCACGAGAAACCAUCCUUAAACCAAUCCGAACGUCCAGCGUACCGCCACCCCUCUGGUGUCCCAGUCUUGGACGCGGACUGCAACAGAGCCGGCGUCUCAUCGCACGACGGAUCGAGGCCAAGUCCCUGCGAAUUAACUCCGCAACACUCGACGAAUGGGCACACAAAGUAAAUCUGCUGAAAACAGAGUGGCAAACUGUGCGGAGAUCCGCCCCUACAGCGCAACGUCAAAGACGUCUUCUAACCUUCUCGCUCUUCCACAUGUUCUACAACACGUGA